AUGUGCUUCUGGAACGUGGCGGAGAUAAUGAACAAGGACAAAGAGGUAUGGGAAUAUUUGAGGAAAGAAGGUACAAGGAGAGGAAUUGUGGUGGUUUAUAAUCGGAACGCAAAAAGGACAUGGAAAGAAAUAGAGGAAAGAGUAGAGGGAAGGAAAGAGGAAGUGGCGAUCAUAGGAGGAGAUUGGAAUGCAAGAACGGGAGAAGAGGGAGGGUUGAUAAACAAGGAACUAGAAAAAGAAAAGAGCAGGAGAUCAAAAGACAAGACAAUAAAUACGGAAGAAGGAAUUCUACUAAGGCUGCUGGAUGAAAGAGGCUGGACGAUAAUUAAUGGUCGAGACAAAGAAGGAAAUGAGUGGACGAUGAAGAGAUGAGGAGAUA